AACCGCUUCACCAACUACCGCUGCGCCUACUACUGCUGCAACUACAACCGCUGCAACUACCGCUACACCUACUACCGCUGCACCAACUACUGCUUUAACUACCGCUGCACCUACAACAGCUGCACCAAUUACUGCUGCACCAACUACGGUUGCACCUACAACCGCUUCACCAACUACCGCUGCGCCUACUACUGCUGCAACUUCAACCGCUGCAACUACCGCUGCACCUACUACCGCUGCACCAACUACUGCUUUACCUACUACUGCAGCACCUACUAAUGCAGCACCAACUACUGCUGCACCAACUACCGCUGCACCUACAACAGCUGCACCAACUUCUGCUGUACCUACUACCGCUGCACCAACUACAGCUAUACCAACUUCUGCUGUACCUACUACCGCUACACCAACUACCGCUGCACCUACUACCGCUGAACUCACAACCGCUGCACCAACUACCGCUGCACCUACUACCGCUGCACCGACUACUGCUACACCUACUACUGCAGCACCAACUACUGCUGCAGCAACUUCUGCUGCACCAACUACAGCUACACCAACUUCUGCUGUACCUACUACCGCUACACCAACUACUGCUACACCUACUACUGCAGCACUUACUACUGCUGCAGCGACUACCGUUGCCCGUACUACCGCUGCACCUACAACAGCUGCACCAACUACCGCUGCACCUACAACAGCUGCAUCAACUACCGCUGCACCAACAAUGGCUGCAGCUACAACCGCUGCCCCUACUACUGCUGUACCUUCAACAGCUGCAUCAACUACCGCUGCACCUACAACCGCUGAACCAACUACCACUGCACCUACAACAGCUGCACCAAUUACUGCUGCACCAACUACGGUUGCACCAACAACCGCUUCACCAACUACCCCUGCACCUACAACCACUUCACCAACUACCGCUGCAGCAACUACAGCUCUACCGACUACCGCUCCAUCAACUACCACUGCACCUACAACCGCUGCACCAACUACUGCUGCACAAACUACAGCUGCAUCUACUACCGCUGCACCUACUACCGCUGCACCAACUACUGCUGCACCUACUACUGCAGCACCAACUACUGCUGAACCAACUACCGCUGCACCUACUACCGCUGCACCAAAUACCGCUGCACCAACUACCGCUGCACCUACAACCGCUGCACCAACUACCGCUGCAUCUACAACCGCUUCACCAACAACUGCUGCACCAACUACCGCUGCACCUACAACCGCUGCACCAACUACCGCUGCACCAACUACCGCUGCACCUACAACCGCUGCACCAACUACCCCUUCACCUACUACCGCUGCACCAACUACCGCUGCACCUACUACUGCAGAACAAACUACUGCUGCACCAACUACCGCUGCACCUUCUACUGCAGAACCAACUUCUGCUGCACCAACUACCGCUGCACCUACUACUGCAGCACCAAGUACUGCUGCACCAACUACCCCUGCACCUACAACCGCUGCACCAACUACCACUGCACCUACAACAGCUGCACCAAUUACUGCUGCACCAACUACGGUUGCACCAACAACCGCUUCACCAACUACCCCUGCACCUACAACCACUUCACCUACUACCGCUGCACCAACUACCGCUGCACCUACUACUGCGGAACAAACUACUGCUGCACCAACUACCGCAGCACCAACUACCGCUGCACCUUCUACUGCAGAACCAACUUCUGCUGCACCAACUACCGCUGCACCAACUACCGCUGCACCUACUACUGCAGCACCAAGUACUGCUGCACCAACUACCCCUGCACCUACAACCGCUGCACCAACUACCGCUGCACCAACUACCGCUGCACCAACUACCCCUGCACCAACUACCGCUGCACCUACAACCGCUGUACCAACUACUGCUGCAACUACCGCUGCAACUACUACUGCAGCACCUACAACAAUAACAACUAUAACUGCGGCAACUACAACUGCGGUUUCUCAACCUAUUUACACUGUCUCAGUGGACUUGCCUAAACAGACAUUUAAUGACGAUCUAAAAAAUCCAAAAAGCAGUAAAUACAAAGAUCUUGAACAAAGUCUUGUUCCGCCAUGCAACAAAAUAUACAAGAAAAGAUUUGGUGAUAAGUUCGACAAGUGCAGCGUGAAAGGGUUCAGGCGAGGACCAACUAGAGCAGAUGGAGUUGUUGUAGAUUUGAACGUUGGGUUCUAUCCGAAUUCUACCACUUCAGAACUUCCAGCGGAUGCUGUUGUUGCUGAAACCUUAGUAACAGCUGUAAAUAGUCCAAACAGCACCUUCAACGUGACAAUAGAUUCCAGCACAAUCAAAGUACUAGAAAGUCCAGUUUCAACUACAACUGCAGCAACAACAACUGCAGCAACAACAGCUACAACUGCAGCAACAACAGCAGCAGCUGCAGCAACAACUGCAGCAGCAACAGCUACAACUGCAGCAGCAACAGCUACAACAGCAACAGCUACAACUGCAGCAGCAACAGCAGCAGCUGCAGCAACAACAGUUACAACUGCAGCAGCAACAGCUACAACUGCAGCAGCAACAGCAGCAGCUGCAGCAACAACUGCAGCAACAACAGUUACAACUGCAGCAGCAACAGCUACAACUGCAGCAGCAACAGCUACAACUGCAGCAACAACAGCAGCAAAUACAGCAACAACAACUUCAGCAACAACAACUACAGCUGCAGCAACAACAGCUACAACUGCAGCAAAAACAACUACAACUGCAGCAACAACAGCUACAGCUGUGGCAACAACAGCAAAAACAACAACAACUUCAGCAACAACAACUACAGCUGCAGCAACAACAGCUACAACUGCAGCAAAAACAACUACAACUGCAGCAACAACAACUACAGCUGCAGCAACAACAGCUACAACUGCAGCAAAAACAACUACAACUGCAGCAACAACAGCUACAGCUGCAGCAACAACAGCUAAAACAACUACAACUGCAGCACCAACAACUGCUGCCAUCACAACAAGGCGAGUGGUGUUCAGGUCUGUUCUGCAAACAUUCACAACCGACUUGUUGGAUACAUCAUCUGCUGCUUUUAAAGGAAGAGCUGCUAACAUAAAGAGUCAGCUUGAACCUCUAUAUAAAAAGGAAUUCUCAUCCUUCUCUUCCUUCGAAGUGAUGAAAUUCAGUAAUGGAUCAAUCUACAAUACUUGUGACCUCCGCUUCCGUGGCACAUCUGUUCCUAACAACACUGCAAUUGCAGACGUUUUGCUUAAGGCAGCUUCAUCAGUCACCGGCUUCGACAUUGAAGGCAGCUCCAUCACCGUGGAAGGCAUAGCUUCAAGUGGAGUCAGUCAACAGAUCAGUCUCGUCACUGCAUCCUGUCUGGUGCUUGUGUCAUGGCUACUGUCCAGCCAGCAAUAGCAUCUGCGCUGAGUUUGUUAUGAAUUCCCAUGAGAAUAAAGAACGUCAUGUCUGGAAUGAAAAAGGACUUUAUCGUCAGCAAGAAUCCCAGAUUGUUGAUUUUUUUUAUGUGUUGAUGAUACUGGACAGAAUGACACAGCUGCCUUUAAGCUUCUGUUCUUUUGAAACAUAACAACACUAUCUAUGAAACACUGGGGAGUUAAAAAAAUAUCUGUACUGUUGCACUGUUAAAGUAAAAAUGUAUCUGACUUCACUGAGCACUGUGGCGUAUUCAACUUUGUUCGGUAUUAUUGUCGUCUUAUCUAAACUUUUCUAUAAUCUCCAAAUGCAUGUAAAAUGAAUGUUUAAGUUUUAUAUCUUAAAUUAAAUGAAGGAACACAUGCAGGUCAUAGCGGGCUUCACAAUGCGACCUCUUGUAUUAUAGAUAAGGUCAUGGUGUAUCUGGUAUAUAUGUGAAAACUAUGCACUGUCAAUUUUCCCAAUUAUAUAAAGAGAAUUUAUUUAAUCACACAUUUCUUUGUUCUGUAAGAUUCCUUAUAGUUUCUCUGGUUUCUGUCAAAAACUUCGCAAAUAAACAAAUGUUUUAAAAGUU